AUGGCAACAGCCGCUGUUGCUAUGGUUAUCGCUGCUCAAGCUAAUUCUGCUACAGCAGCAGCAGCAUCCCAAGGUGGUGCACCAGCAAGGUCUCGGUUCAAAGCAUACAUAAGAGAGUCUGCUGCUGUCUCUGUGCUGCUGCUGUGUCCAUCAGGAGUUGCUGCGGAGGAGAGACGCACGUUUAAUGGCUUUCGUGCGGCAACAGCUGAUGGUGUCCAUCAGGAGUUGCUGCGGAGGAGAGACGCACGUUUAAUGGCUUUCGUGCGGCAACAGCUGAUGCUACCAGAAGAUACAAGUGCAGGAGUAGCUGCUUCUGCUCCUAGUGCUGAGCAGUUGCGCCUGCAUAAAAAAUAUGCUUUAACGUCUCCUAACGUCGUUUUGUUAACAGAAAAACAACGCCGGACUCUCUUCCAGAGCAGCAACAAGGCAGGCAGCGGCACGAGACUAGAACAGGAACCAGAGCAGGAUCCAGGGCAGCAGCGGCAAGAGCAGGGAGCAUGCUGUGGGGAGAAAACGUCUCGAGGCUGUGGUGAGGCGGCUAAUCUCUCCAUAGCGCUCAUUGAAGAAGAGCUGCAGCAGCAGGAGGAGCGCGGGAACAAGGGGACGCCACUGCUGCUCUCGGCACGUAGCCCAGGAGCAGCCGCUGCUGCUGCAGCUGCUGCAGUGUUGAUGUUACCAGCACAUCCGCCAUUCCCGUGCAGCUCAAGCAGCACUCCACCGCUUCCACUGGAACUCCAUCAACAGUUGGGGGAGCAUCAACAAGAGGAUGGCUGGUCUGCAGAAACUGCGCCAGUUGCUGCGGCGGCAGCAGAAAGCUCUUUGGUCCCGACGCAAGUUGUCAGCGUUGCAGCAACCCCGCGGAGCUGCACCGACUCUUUCCCCCCAGUUCCUGUGACUGCUGUUGUAGGGCCGUCUAGGCAAGCUGCUGCUGUUUCUGCCCCUGCUACUGUUGCCGCUGCUCGCACGGGACAGAGACUAGAGGCCGUCAAGCAGUGCGCCAACCGAGUCCGCGAAGCCCUCCGCCUUGAAAGCAAAAUAUCAGCACUGAUCACUCAUACAGAACGGAGCAGCACGCGCAAAAACUACAGCAGGCGUAGCAGUUGCAGCAGCCGCAGCAGCAGCAGUGAGAAGCUGUUUGAUGGGCUGAAGGAAACGUUCGCAACGCCGCGACCAGCGACCCCUAGGAAUGGGACCUUAGAAGUACCCUCUCAGAUGCAGCGCAGCAACAAGAACAGCUCUAAAACCAAUCUUAAAGUUGUAACGCCGUCACACGUGUCUACUGGUAGCGGCGAGUGGGUUUUUCCUCCCAUGCAACAGCAACUUCACCAAAUUCAGGAACCGCAGCAACAGCGGCAAGAGCAACAGCAGGCUCUGCACCGGUAUGGUGACGAUUGCAGCUGCUCAAACAUAACGUACUUUGAUUCGAACGGACAAGGAACUUCUGGUUUCAGGACUCGGUCCCUGCAGUGUACACCGAGAGCAGCAACUGACAGCAGCAGCAGCAGGAGCUCUAGAGGAGCCCAGCUGAUCACCUCUGGAGCAAAUGGGCUCGUUGCGGCGGCAAAUCCGGCACCGAUAGCUUCAGCCACAGCAGAAACAUUCGCAGCAGCAGGGGCAGCAGCAGGGGCAGCAGCAGAAAAUAUUUCGAAUAAGCAGCAAGAUAGAGUCGUUGUGCGUCUUUCUCUUGGGUCGUUCGCGGGCUCUUCCCUUUCGAAAAGCCCACGUGCCGCCUCUGCCGAGGCUCAGGACCCCGUGAGGCAGGAGGAGCUGCAGCGGAAGCAGUUGCAAAAGCAGCCGGCGCCGCAGCAACAGACAGAGGCCAGGAGAAGGAACUCAAUUGCGCAAUCUCUCAAAGCCCGAGCAGAUGCUUAUCGCGGUCAACAGCAACAGCAACAGCAAGAUGGAGUCCCCCUAACUCCCAAGGGUAGCAUAUUCAGGACAGCGAUUUCGCAGGGCUCUGGCAGCCCAACUCUCAGCAGUUUUGUGAGCAACAAUAGCAGCAGCAGAGCGGCAAUAGGUGCGGUGCAUUUGCCCCAAAAGGUGUUGGCGAAGCUGCCCCCGGAAGUUGACAAUCAAAAGGGCGGUAACAACAGAGUUGAGCGACGAGUGGAACCCACCAGUGAGCUUUUUGCAAGCGAUUGCAUGAACCAAGACGAGGAGGGUGAUGAAAGAGAAAUAGAGCUGUUGCUGGCAUCGGAAGAGGCCCAAUGUUCUUUUGACAAUUGGGGGGUGUCCCCUAUGCAGUGA